GUCAGUGCAGAGCGUCGAAUGUUUACGUGGAGAUGGGGGAGAGCGGUGGCCGCUAACAGUGCGCUGUUUCUGUGUGUGCAGGAGGAGGCGGAAUGGACGAGGAGGACCAGGAGAGGAAGAGGAAGCUGGAGGCCGGCAAAGCCAGGCUUGCCCAGUUCAGACAACGCAAGGGGCAGACGGACAGCCAGGCUUCCACCAAGAAGACCAAGAAGAAGAAGAAGACCGCCUCUGGCUCCAAACAUCGGGAGCAGCCUGAAGAAACUCCAGAAGCUGGCUUAUCGCAGAGCAAUGAGGCCCCAUCACAGAUGGCUCCAAGCGGAGCCAGUACCACCGCCGAGUUCACCAUCAUGAGAACGCUGCCUCAUGGCGAGGUGAUCAAACACGAUGAGACCUACACCAUUGAGCCUGAAAGCGAGGUGUCCACCACGGCCGAUGAUUAUAGCUCUGAGGUAGUUGGUGACGCUUUGCAGCUGAUGGCAAACAGCACAGCCCACACACCAUGGGAGGAAGAGUUCGAGGUGCGGGAAACGUUCUGCAACCGAGGCACCCAAAGCUCCCUUUCGCGGCUCGAGGUGAUGGAGGAUGAACUGGUCGGGAAGCAGCAGGAAAUCGAAGAGUUGAAUAGAGAAUUGGAAGAGAUGAGGGCUGCCUACGGAACAGAGGGAUUGCAACAGCUCCAGGAGUUUGAGACGGCCAUUAAACAGAGAGACGGCAUCAUCACCCAGCUGACUACCAACCUCCAGCAAGCCAGGAAGGAGAAAGAUGACAUCAUGAGGGAGUUUCUGGAACUGACAGAGCAAAGCCAGAAGCUGAAGAUUCAGUUUCAGCAUCUGCAGGCCGGCGAGACUCUGAGGAACACAAGUCACUCAAGCACAGCCGUCGAUCUCCUCCACUCUAAACAGCAAAUCAUCACUUACCAGCAGCAGCUAGAGGAGCGUGACCACCGACUGCUGCUGUGCCAGAAGGAGAUGGAGGACUUCCGUGCCCAGGUCACAUCAAUGCAAGAUCAGGUUCAUGAUGUUCAGCAGGCGCAGAGAAAAGAACUUGAAUUAUGUUACGAACAAAAGCUGAACGAGAAGGACUUGCUGCUUGAUAGUCUGAAAUCAACCUUACACAAUGGAGAAAUCAAGAGCCUGGAAAUGAAGGAAAGGAUCACCGAGGCCGCGAAAUCCAUCGAUGAACUGAGAGCACAAUUAACCCAGAAGAGCCAGGAAAUCGGCAGCCUUUCCGAAGAGCUGAGCAGCUCCAGACAAAAGGAGAGGAGAUCCUCUGACGAAAUCAAGCAGUUAAUGGGCACUGUGGAGGACCUUCAGAAAAAGCAUCACAGAGACAAUCAGUCAGAGGCAGGCCUUCUGCAGCGAAUGGAAUUAGAGACACAAAGGAAACUGGAGCAGCUUCAGGCUGAGCUAGACGAGGUUCACGGGCAGGAGAUUGUACAGAUGAAGCAGGAAUUGGUCAAGCAACACACACUGGAGAUCGAGAGGCUGCUUGCGCAGCACAGGCAAGAAGUGGGCAGUGUAACGAGCCAGGCAGCCAUCAGCACCUCCAAGCAACAGAUCAAUGAGCUGAACGUGAUCAUUAGUGAAUUAAACGGUAGAUUGCAGCAAUCCGAUGAGCAGAGGGAUAAAAUGAAGGAGGAUUUCUCUCAGAGGCUGCAGGCCGUUUCAAAGGAAAAAUCGCAGCUACAGCAGCAAAUCGAGGAUCUCCUGCAGGAUCUCCGCUAUGCCAGGGAGCAGGUGCACAAAGCCAGGCAGAGCCUCACCGAAAAGGAAAACAAACUGAACGAGGCCAGCAGUUUGUUCGUCACCAUCGACAGUCUCAAAGCCGAACUGGCCGCAGCCAACGAAUUUACCAAAGAAUUAAAAUCCAAACACGAGGCCGAGGUGACCAAUUACAAGAUCAAACUGGAGAUGCUGGAAAGGGAAAAGGACGCUGUGUUGGGCAGGAUGGCGGAAUCUCAGGAAGCCGAAUUGGAGAAACUUAGAACCUAUUUCUUGUUCAGCCAGGAAGAGGAGCUCACGAAGCUCAAGGAGGACUUAACCCAGGAGCACAGAACCAACAUUGAGAACCUCAAAGACAACUUAGAAGUGCAAUAUAAGCAGAAAAUAGAUCAAAUGAAGCAGGAAACGAGUCAAACUAUCACUGCCAUGCAGUCGGAGAAAGACAGCUUGAUAACCAAACAGAAUUACUUGAUGCUGGAAAUGUCAAAGUUGAAAGACUUGUUGCAGUCGGUCAACGAUCCCAAGUCGGAAAAAAUGAUGACGCGAAUUAACGAGCUUCAGAAAGAGCUGGAGUGUUUGAGGAGAGAGGAAAAGGAGAAAGGUACACUGGAGCAAGAAGUUCAGGUUCUGCAGCUAAAAAUUGUGACACUCGAGAAGGAGGUCAAAGAAAAAGAUACGCUCAAGGAAAAAGUGGCGUCUUUGGAGACAGACAAUAAGCUUCUUAAUGACCAAUACGACGCCUUGCAGAGUACCUUGAAGGAGCGCACCGUUGAACACUGUGAAAAUCUGACAGACUCUGUAAGUUCUGAUCAUCUUGACCUAAAAAAUAUGGUUGAACUGCUGACUUCAGAAAAUGCGCAACUCAGGAACUUGGAACAUCAGCUGAGAGAAGAAACUGAACGUCAAAAGAACACGUUCUCCUUUGCCGAGAAAAAUUUCGAGGUCAACUACAAUGAGCUAAAAGAGGAGUAUUCUUGUCUGGUGAAGUUGAAGGAACAGAUGGAAGAGAGCAAAGCUAAGCUUGAAGAGGAGUAUAAAACAAAGUUGGAUGCUCUUACGAACGAGCUUGCAGCGCUGAAACAGGGUACAGUAACUGAGGCCCAUUUGGUUGUGUCUGGAGCUUCUAACGUGGUCAAAGCUGACAGACCAGAUGUUGGAGAAGUUGUAGAGAAAGACACGACUGAACUGAUGGAAAAGCUAGAGAUUGCCCAACGGGACAAGCAAGAACUCUCUUUGAAACUUUCUAAUCUCUCUCAAGAAUUACAGUUGAAACAGAAUGAAAUAUGUCACUUAAAAGAGCAAGUAAAAUCGCUAUGCUCAGAGAGAGACUCUACUAAAACAGAGGAAGUAGUGUUAGAAUUGGACAGUGAACCCGGCCAGAGGAAUGACAACGUCCAAGUUCAUGUAGGACACUCUACAGAGUGCAGUCUUGUUGUAUCAGACGAUGCUUCUCAUUCUCGAGAAGGUUUAAGGGAGGAAACUAUGCGUCCAACUAAAGUACAUUCUAAUUUAUCACCUCGAAUUCAGAUUUCCCAUCAGGAAUCUGCUGAUCUUUUAAUGGAAAGGGAAUCUUUGCUACAAAGAAUUGAUGAAUUGACUAGAAAACUUGAAGAGGAUUCUUCCAUUUUAGGAAGAACGCGUUUGGAAAAUGAAGAAUUACGGCACAAAUUGGACACGGUUCUCCAGGAGCAGGUGAGAGGCAAAUGCCCGCAGAGCCUGGAAUGCUGCGCGCAUCUCCAAGACAUUGGACGUAUAAACGUCCGCCUGGAAUUUCCACCUGCCCUGGGCCACCAGCUGGUUGAAGUGGGCUCCCCACCCCGAAUGGCUGGCGUCCGAUGUCACCAGGACCGGCUGAGGGGGGGAAAUCCGGUGGAAUCCACGGAGAUGUUCCCGCUUCGGCUGAUCCUUCGGCUAGCUUUGGCCGCCUGA